AUGACCUCCCUUCUCCUCUUCAUAAUCAGCUUCUUCACCUCAUCGUUUUCAUAUUUAAACCAAUUUACCAGUCUUCAAAGUGUACAACAAUGCGCUAUCGAAAAUCUUCAUUCAGACUUGUCAUUUCUCAAUUCCGCCGUUCCAAUAACUGCGGAUGAGUUUCUCCAGCGCCGAGAUCGCCUCGCAAACGCGCUGACGACAUCACAUAUAGAUGCAUUUGUCCUUGAACCGGGCUAUACCUUUCAAUACUAUGGUAACAUUUCUCAAGUCGAUUGGGAACCUUGGGAACCUGAGGAGCGACCAUUUCUCAUGGUCAUCCUACCUCAAAUUUCUGCAACUGGCGAAAUCAUUGCCAAAACGGCAUUCUUGUCGCCUCAUUUUGAAGAAGGUCGCGUGCGCAUGCUGGGCAUUCCUUCAAGAGAUGAAGAGCUAGACAUUGUCAUUUGGGAGGAGCAUUGGAACCCGUACGAAACACUGCUUAAUUCCCACCUUUUCAAUGGAACAGGGGGCAAAAAGAUCAUGGUUGACGAGGAAAUGCGAGACUUUAUCGUUCGUGGCCUGGAUUCCGUUGGCUUUGACACGGUCGGCCUUAACUCUGAAGUGGAACUUGUCCGACAGCAGAAGAGUCCUGCCGAAGUGGAGCUGCUCCGCGCCGUGAACACGGGGACUGUUGUUGCGGUCAGGGCCAUGCGGCCUUGUCUAGUCCCCGGUCUUACCGAAAACGAGGUCACUGAUAUUUUGAACUCAGCAUUGCUUUCUAUUAAUUUCUCAUUGUUCUUCAACAUUGUUUUGUUUGAAGAACACGGGGCUCUACCCCAUGGCGGCUUUGUCACUGGUGGUAAAAAGCUGACACCCGAGAGCAUGGUUGUUAUUGAUGUGGGCGCUCAUUACCUGGGCUAUAGCUCAGACAUCUGCCGUAGCUUUCUCAUAGAUCCACCUAGGUGUGGAUGGCAUUGUUUCAUAGGGCAAUUCGUGCGACUAUUUCAAAGGUCUUCGUCAGAAGAGAAUGGGCUGGGCCUGGAUUCUGGGCUCCGCGCGGAAAAAUUCAAAGUAUGGGAUAUCGUCUUGGAGGCUCAGUCGGCUGCUGCUGCGGCUUUUAAACCCAACAACACCGCAGCUAGCGUGGAUAUUGCUGCCCGCAAGGUUAUUGAGGAUGCAGGGUAUGGAUAUGGUUUUACUCAUCGGCUUGGCCAUGGCAUUGGCAUCAAAGCACACGAAUCUCCCUACUUGAAUAAGUGGAACAAAAAUGUUUUCCUCAAGCCUGGCAUGACAUUCACGAACGAGCCAGGUAUUUACCUCGAGAAUAGGUUUGGCGUGAGGCAUGAAGAUAUCUACCUAGUGAAAGAAUCUGGGGAGGCAGAGCUACUUACAGGCCGAAGGGCAGCGGGUCCAUAUGAUCCAUAG